AUGCCCGAUGGUGUUGCUCAGUCCACCAUCGUGACUACACUAGAAUCUGGCCUUCGGCGGCUAACGGCCAACUUUCCAUGGGUUGCAGGCCAGGUCGUCGUUGAAGGUAAUUGCGCCGGAAACUCUGGGGUUUUUAAGAUCAAGGAGCUGCAGGAAAUCCCCUACUUGGCAGUGAAAGAUCUCAGAAUGGACGCCUCAGCUCCAAGCAUGAUGGAACUAAGAGAAGCCAACUUCCCAAUGAGAAUGUUGAACGAAUCCGUUAUUGCGCCUCGCAGUACCUUUCCCGCAGCCGAUGCUGUCAACGGACCCGACCAAGGCUCGCCCGUGUUUCUCCUACAGGCAAAUUUUAUCGUCGGCGGCUUGGUACUCACGUUCCUUGGUCAACAUCAGACCAUGGACAUUAUGGGGCAAGGACAGAUUAUGCAUCUCCUCUCGAAGGCCUGUCAUGAUGAGUCUUUUACAGAGGACGAGCUGUCUUCCGGCAAUCUCCAACGUCAAAAUCUCAUCCCUAUUCUUGAUAAUUACGAGCGUGGCCCCGAGCUUGCUCGUCAUUUAGCUGCCACUGCACCUGGUCCAUCUCGCCAUGCUCUCGAUAAGGAUGAAAGAGAGCCAACUCAGAUUCUCUGGACAAGUUUUACCCUUCAUCCCACAUCGUUGGCAGCCCUAAAGUCCAUUGCUGUCAAGACUCUCCCAAGUGGUUCCCGCUACGUAUCUACUGAUGACGCGUUGAGCGCAUUUAUCUGGCAGAGCAUCAUGCGCGCCCGUGCCCAUCGCUUGCCGCCCAACAGAGACACGACCUUUGCGCGAGCUAUAGACGUCCGUUCGUAUGUUGAUGUGCCGGCGACGUACACAGGCAUCGUGCAGAACAUGACGUACGCGACGUAUACGCUACAAGAGCUUGUCGCAUUGCCGCUGGGCGAAAUAGCAUCCAGGCUGCGAGCCGCUUUGGAACCUAAUACCACGAUCCUCCCUUUCCACACGCGUGCCUUGGCUACCUACUUGCAUAGCCAAACUGACAAGUCACAUGUCUCGCCUGCCUCAGCAUUGGACUUUUUGGUUGACGUGAUAGUAAGUUCGUGGGCCAAAACGAACACCUAUGACUUGGAUUUCAAUUUAGGACUAGGCAAGCCAGAGGCUGUUCGCCGGCCAUGGUUUACGCCGUUGCAGAGUUUUGUGUAUUUCAUGCCUCGAAAGGGUGACGGCGAGAUCUCUGUAGCAGUGUGCCUUGAAAAAGAGGAUAUGGAAAGGCUGAAGGCGGAUAAAAGAUUUACCACGUACGCAAGGCACGAUGGAUGA